UGCCUCCGGAAGUGGCUGUAUUUCCGGAAGUGAGAGCCCGUGGCGGCCCGGGCCUCGCUUGCGUUGCUACGGGAGACGAUUCGCGGGGCGUCAUGGAGCCUCCGGGGGACCCGGCGGGGUGCGGCGGUUCGGCCCAGGCGCUGGUGCCCGUCCAGGCCGAGGCUUCCGCCGUAGCUCUGCGGAAGGAGGCGCCCCAGGAAGCCCCCAAGUGCCCCAAGAGGGUCCUGGACGAGGAUUCCUACAUUCAGAGCCUGGAAAAAAUCAUCCAGAGGGAUUUUUUCCCCGAUGUCGAGAAGCUGCGUGCCCAGAAGGAAUACCUGGAGGCCGAAGAGAGCGGCGAUUUGGAGAAGAUGAGACAGAUAGCCAUCAAGUUUGGCUCCUCCCUGGGCAAAGCUGCCAGAGAUACUCCUGCACCUUAUGUCACCCCGGCAACCUUUGAAACCCCCGAAGUUCACCCCGGUGAUCCUUCCGUGUUGAGUAAGCCCAAGUUCACCGUGAAAUCUCUUGAUGAAGGAGAAACGGAGGAGGAAGAAAACAAAGACUCCCUGCCCUGUUUGGACAACUUCUUGGCCAAACACACCAGCGAGGAUAAUGCUUCCUUUGAGCAGAUCAUGGAAGUGGCCAAAGAGAAGGAGAAAGCGAAGCAUUAUUGGCUUUAUGAAGCCGAAGAGGAAUUUGCCCAGCGGCAUCAGGAGCAGCUAGCUCUCCCGUCGCUGGAGGAGCAGCAGGCCCUGGGGAGUGGCAAAGCCGGAGUAGAGACGUGGGAAUACAAAGCAAAGAACUCGCUGAUGUAUUAUCCACCAGGAGUUCCCGAUGAGGAAGAGGUGUUUAAAAAGCCACGCGAGGUCGCUCAUAGGAACACACGUUUCUUGAAGGAUCCCUUCAGCCAGGCAGUGAGCAAGAGCCAGCUUCAGCAGGCAGCAGCCCUCAAUGCUCAGUACAAACAAGGCAAAGUGGGGCCCGACGGGAAGGAGCUUAUUCCCCAGGAAUCUCCGAAGGUAAACGGAUACGGAUUUGUGGCCACGCCCUCCCCCGCUCCGGGUGUGAAUGACUCUCCUCUUAUGACCUGGGGGGAGAUAGAAAGCACCCCUUUGCGGCUGGAAGGCUCUGACACACCCUAUGUUGACCGGACGCCAGGACCGGCUUUUAAGAUCCUGGAACCCGGGCGCCGAGAGAGGCUGGGGCUUAAGAUGGCCAACGAGGCAGCUGCUAAAAACAGAGCCAAGAAACAAGAAGCCUUGAGGAGAGUCACAGAAAACCUUGCCAGCCUCACUCCGAAAGGACUCAGCCCGGCUAUGUCUCCCGCCUUGCAACGCCUAGUAAACCGCACUGCUAGCAAGUUCACGGACAAAGCUCUCCGGGCCAGUUACACCCCGUCCCCUGCCCAUGUGAGAACCCCCGGCUACAAGACCCCUUCUGCUGCCCUGCAGACCCCCACAGUCACCCCAACCUCCAGGACGCUCUCCCAGACCCCCGUGGCUCAGGAUCCCACCUCUAUUACGGACAACCUGUUGCAGCUGCCCAAAAGGCGUAAAGCGUCGGACUUCUUUUGACCCUGUGCUCUUUGUUGGGGGUGAGGGGGGAAACUCAGAAGUGGCCCAAUAUACCAAGACUGCCGAAGAUAUAACGCCGACCGUUGGCCGAAAGCACCAGGAGAUGUUUGCUCAGGUUCCUUCCUGCCUUUGAACUCCUGGGUUGCCCCUAAUCCUGGCUAGCCAGUGAGAAGGUAGCGGAUGGAAACUAAGGUUUUGGAGUUGAAAAUUGGUUCAAGCUUUUGGAUCGAUUGCCCAGGAAGACGGUAACCUGAACUGCUUGCGCUGCGCCGGCCCUUUUGAAGGCCGUUUGCUGGUUUGCAUCGGGGUGCUCUCCUCUUGAUUAAAGACAAACUUCACUUCAAGACCGGCAGGAAUCUGGAUCGUGGUGUGACUUUGGCACCUAUUGUUGCAAG